CGAUUUGUCUCAUUUCCGGUUAACAACGUGCUCCAAGACAGCCAAAUACCAUGUGGCCCUUUCCUCCCUUAAAGUCAAUCAUUACUCAUCACUCAUCACUCAUUAACCAAAGCGGCCAACCCCCCGACACGCACUCGGUAACAAGGCAUCUCCUUUCCCCUCAUCUUCCUCCACUGUCCUCUUUCGCUGCCUAACCCAAACAAAGCAAUGGCUUUCCUUCCGCCCACCGCCACUUUCACAGCCGCCCUCCUCCUCCUCUUCCUCCACACCCCACUGGCCACGUCAUCCCCCCUCAACCUCACCGGCGACUCCCUUUCACCCUACGAAGUCCUCCAAGGCUACAACUUCCCCGUUGGGCUUCUCCCCCAAGGCGUCUUAAAGUACAAAUUAGAUGAAUCCACCGGUCGGUUCCAUGCCUACUUAGAGGGUUCGUGUAGCUUCUCACUGGAAGGGUCUUAUCAACUCAAAUACAAAUCCACGAUCAGCGGGAUCAUCUCCAACAACAGGCUCAAAAACCUGAGUGGAAUCAGUGUCAAGAUCCUGUUUUUAUGGCUCAACAUCGUGGAGGUUGUUAGAGAUGAAGAUGAGCUGGAAUUUUCGGUGGGGAUUGCAUCUGCUAGCUUUCCUAUUGACAACUUUUACGAGUGCCCACAGUGCGGCUGCGGAUUGGAUUGCGCUAAUAGUAAUGGGAAAGUAAGCAAACUUAGAAUUAAGUCUUCUUUUCCUUCAAUUUAGAGGAAUUUGUGGGGGUAGAAUAAAUUAACUACAGAGGUUCAUGAAAAACGGAUUUGGAUGAACCUUGGUUUAAAUUGAAUUGGGUUUUUAGUUAAUCGAAAUUGAUGGACUCAACUUUUUUAA